AUUUAUUUCAAAUUCACCUUCCCACUUUAUAAAGCACCAAUACCCUUCCACCCUCUCCCCACUGCCCAGAGAUAAACAAGGAGGCACGGAAGGAGAGAAGAAGGAGAGAAUGGAGAGAGAAGAGGGAAAGGUGACGACAGAUGUGAGUCUCAAGGAGCUCUCAAGGAAGCUUGAGGAGUUUUCCAAGGAGAGGGACUGGGAGCAGUACCACAGCCCAAGGAAUCUGCUGCUUGCUAUGAUUGGUGAAGUGGGGGAGCUCUCAGAAAUAUUCAUGUGGAGGGGAGAAGUGGCCAGAGGUCUGCCAAAUUGGAAAGAAUCUGAUAAGGAGCAUCUUGGAGAGGAGCUUUCAGAUGUCCUACUAUACCUGAUACAAUUAUCUGAUAUAUGUGGCAUUAAUCUAGCAGAUGCAGCCACCAAAAAAAUUGUCAAAAAUGCCAUCAAAUACCCUCCUCCUAAAGCCCAAUGAAGAGCAUAAAACUACCAUGCAACCUGUACUUGCAUAGGUACCUUCUUGUUUUGUGGAUGGAGUAUGCCUUUUUCAAAAAUUAAAUAGAGUUCUAAGUUUUUUUUCUUUCAAAACUAUAAUAAAGUUAUUAAAGUCUUUGGUCUUGCAUCCUUGAGAAGCAUGUAUGCAAAAGCUUAAUUCAGCUUAUAGUGGUAGAAACUAGUGAUGCUUGGUUCUCUUGUU